AUGGAGCAUGAACAAUCCAAGUUUGAGAAAUUCACAUGGAAAGUUGAGAAUUUCUCUAAAUAUAACACAGAUCUUGAUGUUUGCUCCGAACCUUUUAUAAUAGGCGGAUAUCCAUGGGAGAUUAUUUUUAAUCAAAGGGGUUACGAUGUAGGCGACUUAUCAAUUUUUCUAAGUGCUGUGGAAACUGCUAAUAUGUCCAAUGGAUGGAGCAGACAUGUGAAAUUUAAGUUGUUCUUACUUAACCAGAUCGACAGCAACGAAUCAAUCAUAGAAGAGGAUGAAGUGGAAUUCAAUGCAAAUUUUGAUAUAUGGGGUACCGAAUGCUUCGUGACUUCAGGUAACCUCCAUGAUCCUCUUUGCGGAUUUCUUGUGAAAGAUAUUUGUAUUAUUGGUGCAGAGGUUUUUAUUUGUGACUCAAAAAAUGAGAAGCAAGUGAAACAGGAAUCUAGCUUAAUUACUUCUCAUACAUCUGGAAGUCAAAUAGUACAGAUGGAAGUUGAAGUUCUAAGACCUAAGCUAGACAAAAGUAAUGGCGAAAAUAUAGGCAAGCUUAUGGAUUUCAAUGAUUUUGGACAAAUUGAAAAGGCGUUAGUUCCAUUGUUAGAUGAAGUUUGUGCUCAGCACCCGUCACUUAUUGAGUGCCAGCAGAAAAGAAGUCAAAAGUUUAGGGAAUGGGCUUUCAAUGCUCUCGGCAGAGUUCUUUAUUUUCUGAAGACCAGAAAGAUGAAAGAUAUGAAUGAUAUUGCUUGUAAUGAACUGCAAAUUUUCUGGGAGGAACUUGAACACUUUGGUUUUGAUUUGUCGUGGCUUGAGCCUCAUGUUCAAUCAGCUUUAGGAAUGAAGGGAUAUUUCAAAAAAUUAGACGAGGUAGAAAAACUAAAAGAUAAUGAGGCACUUCUCGAAUUGGAAAUGAUGAGAUUGAAUGCAAAGAUGGUAGCUCUUGAAGUAAAUUGGCAUGCUGUCAAAGAGUUGUUGGAAGAAGAAGACUUUGAAGAAAAAGAUUUGGACGUUGAACUAGGAUUUGUGAAACCCUAA